GGAGACAUCAUGAAACGACCCAACCUUUAGGAGAAGAAGAUGAAACGACCCAACCCUUGAGAGUAGAACCAAUAUUACUCCUCCGUCUUUUCGUUAUUUACAUUUUCGCCCUAAGUCAAAGUUUCCUGUCCUAGUAGCGUCCGAUACUCCGAUGUACUCUUCAACGGCAGAGAGCGGCGGCGCGUCGCUCCCCUCCACUGGAACCGAUGCCAAGAAGCGGCGCGUGUCGUAUUUCUAUGAGCCGACAAUCGGAGACUACUACUACGGACAGGGACACCCCAUGAAGCCCCACCGUAUUCGUAUGGCCCACAACCUAGUCGUCCAUUAUUCCCUCCACCGCCGCAUGGAAAUCAGUCGCCCCUUUCCGGCCGAUGCGGUCGACAUCCGCCGCUUUCACUCGCCGGACUACGUGGACUUUCUGGCUUCUGUCAGUCCCGAGACGCUCCACGACCACACUCACUCUCGCCAUCUCAAGCGCUUCAACGUCGGCGAGGAUUGCCCCGUCUUCGACGGGCUUUUUAAGUUUUGCCAAGCUUCGGCCGGUGGAUCCAUCGGCGCCGCCGUGAAGCUUAACCGACAGGACGCUGACAUAGCUAUCAAUUGGGCGGGGGGUUUGCAUCAUGCGAAGAAGAGCGAGGCUUCGGGCUUCUGCUACGUUAACGACAUCGUUUUGGGCAUCCUUGAACUUCUGAAGUACCACAGGCGUGUGCUAUAUGUGGAUAUUGAUAUUCAUCAUGGGGAUGGCGUUGAGGAGGCAUUUUUCACCACUGACAGGGUAAUGACUGCGUCUUUCCAUAAAUUUGGGGACUUCUUUCCUGGUACCGGCCACGUCAAAGACAUUGGUGUAGGUUUGGGGAAAUACUAUGCCCUCAAUGUCCCAUUGAAUGAUGGAAUGGAUGAUGAAAGUUUUCGUAGUUUAUUCCGUCCAAUCAUCCAAAAAGUCAUGGAGGUUUAUCAACCAGAUGCUGUUGUUCUUCAGUGUGGAGCAGAUUCUUUGGCUGGAGACAGGUUGGGGUGCUUCAACUUGUCCGUCAAAGGCCAUGCUGAUUGUCUCCGUUUUCUCAGAUCUUUUAACGUUCCUUUAAUGGUCUUGGGUGGUGGAGGGUAUACAAUUCGAAAUGUUGCCCGGUGCUGGUGCUAUGAGACAGCAGUAGCAGUGGGGGUUGAACCUGAUAAUAAAUUGCCUUAUAACGAGUACUAUGAAUAUUUUGGUCCUGAUUAUACACUUCAUGUUGAACCACAUCCCAUGGAGAAUCAGAACUCACCACGGGAUUUGGAGAAGAUCAGGAAUAUGCUGCUCGAACAACUUUCUGAAUUGCCACAUGCACCAAGUGUUCCAUUCCAGAUGACUCCUUCCACUAUUGAAGUUCCGGAAGAGAGAGAGGAAGAUAUGGAUCAGAGACGUAACCCCCGGAUUUGGAAUGGCGAUGAAUAUUUUUCCGAUGGUGAGGAAGAUGAAAAGCCUCGUCUACGAAGAAGUUCUGAUGCUAAUAUGACGCCCAAGAGAAACUCUAACAUGAGGGAGUACUUUGAUGGAAUGGAUGAUAAAGACAUGAUCGAUGCAGAUAACUAGUGCAGUGCUCCGUCCAUUAAGAAAACCUUCCCCCGGCAAAGUUUCUUACCAAGUAGCGCAAGCUGACAAUUUGUGGUGGCUGAAAACUUUUCCCAGCUCACAAUCAAUUUUAUUCGAUCGGUACUUAUCCUAGAAGUUGAAGAAACUAUAGAUAGUAAAUAGGAAGACUUAGAGAUAUCUAGUUUAAUUUGAACAUGUUUCUUGCAAUGCUUUAUGUGAGAUAUGAUCACUGUAAUGUAAACAUUUUUCUCAUGCACCUUUGGAGUAAUUAAAUUGGCCAUAGUUGUCAGUUAUAAGCAUGAUGUGUUCUGUUCU